GUAGACUCCCAGAUCCAGGCAUUGGGGCCCCCCCAAAAAAGCCUUUGGAAACAGCUGACCCAUGGGAAAGCAUCACCUGUCUCACUUGCUGUGGGUGACCUGAGUGUGCGUGUCACCUGCACCGUAAGUGCCAAAGACUAGGCCUCAGUGUCUGGAGAGUGUACCUGUGCCCUGCCUGUCCACAGCGUUCUUCCUAGUGCUCCCCAUAUCUCCUGUGAGCCAGAGCCGCCAGCCCUCUCCUGGAGGGGCUCCCUGUGCCCGGUGGUGAGAGCCAGCGCCCACCCCUCUGCACCCCCAGGAAUGAGGUUGGGCCGGCCACCGCCUGCCGCCCGGGCCCCCUGAGGGCUCCCCGGCUCCCAUGGACUCUCGGGCGAUGCAGAUCAAGAAGAUGAAGGAGGAGGGGGGCCAGCGGCUUUUCACCACGCACCUGGAGGAUGGCCACGGCCUGGCCACCACCAUGUCGCCCAAGCCACUGAGCGCCCACCGAGGCGGGGCCCAUGCCCCGAGGCCCGAGCCACCAGGGCUUGGGUACCCGGACUCAGAAGCCGAGGCCAGUCUCACCACCCUGGCCACAUGUGCCAAGUGCAAGGGCGUCCAGGAAGUCCCCAUCCGGGACCUGAAGAAGAGCCAGCGGGCCGACAAGUACUUCUGCUUCCAGUGCACCCUGAGUGGGCCGCCUCCCCCGCUGUUCCCUUUUGGGCAAGGCAGCCACCACCACCCCCUGGGCGCCCCGCUGCCCGCACCCAACUCGGGCCACAAGUUCAAGGUGAGGAACUUCAAGCCGGGCAAGUACUAUUGCGACAAGUGCCGCUUCUCCACCAAGGACCCCCUGCAGUACCGCAAGCACAUCACCCAGCACGAGGAGAUCCGCUUCAUCUGCUCGCACUGUAGCUACGUGUCCUACACCAAGGGCGAGUUCCAGCGCCACCUGGUCAAGCACACGGGCAUCUUCCCUUACCAGUGUGAGUACUGCGACUACGGCGCUGUCCGCAACGACUACAUCGUCAAACACCGCAAGCGUGUCCACGAGCGCCCUGGUGGCCGGCGUCCGCCAGGGCCCACCACUGCCAAGCCAGAGGCCAGGCGCACAGUCACCACCAAGCCCUGCCCUGAGCUGGCCAAAACGGGGGCCCCGCAGAGGGAGGCGCUCCCCAGCCGACCACUUGAGCUGCCCACCAAGUUCCCCAGCCAUGCCAAGAAGGACAAGACGCCCAGCACCAGUGCGUGGCUGCCCGAGCCCCAGGACAGCCAGAAGGACGUGGUGUGUGUCCCUAAGAGACUAGGCCCCCUGGAACCCUCCAGCGGGACAGCCUUUUUUGAGAACAAAAGUGUGGAGGUGGAGGUGUUGUCUCCGGCCCGAGAGCCAGUGCAGCCUGGGGUGCCCCUUACGGUGGUGGCGCCAUCCGAGCUUGUGGUCCCUGCCAACUGCGUGGCCCAGCUCGUGGAUGUGAAGGUGGUCAACGGGACCCAGCAGCUGCUCCUGAAGCUCUUCCCCUUGGAAGAGAACAGCAGCCUGGAGGCUAAGGCGGGCGACCAAGGAGGGGUCCCUGAACAGGGGGCCCAGGAAAAGGGACUCACUGAGCCUGACAGAGGGGACACUGCAAAGCCUGCCAGACUCCCAUCUGUGGUGGACAGGCACGUUGAGCAGCUGGCCGCAGGCCUGAAGAACCUCCCAGUGUCCGUGCAGAAACAUCUCAGGAACAUGAAGUGGCUCCGAUCCUAUGACCUCUUCAUGCCCCAUCCUGGCAUGCGGGGACCCAGGGAGCCACCCGGAGCUGCCGCAGCCACCUGCGAGGACUUGCAGGAGAGACGAGCUGUGUGUCCCUACCGAACUUCCCUUCCCUCCCUGGCCUUCAAGGGCCCCUUCCCCCCGGCCUCCCCUGUGGUAAAGAACAGUGUUUUCUGCGGGCUCGGUGCCGCUACUUCCAGCCCUCUCUCCUCCUACAGAGCGACCGCUGCCUUGAGCGACGACAGGUGUCUUCUGCCCCGGGACUCCAAGCGACUAUUGCCUCUGAGUGCCCCACCCCUGGCCUUGCCCUUUUCUGGUGAGCAGGACUUGUUGCCCCGAAGUAAGGGGGACCUGGAGUCCAGAAGCAAACUCAGUGUGGCUCGCAAGGGGGCCCCCUCAGGCCGGAAGCUGAGAGAUAGCCCCCCAGAGCCCCACAGGGCAAGCCUGGCCCCAUCUCAGUACCAGAAUGAAUUCCUACACAUCAGCUUGGCAGGAGAGGGCCCGGUCCUGCCCCAGCACCCAGGGACGGCACCUUUGCAGCUGACCACAGAGAGGACUCCGGAGCCUUUUGAGGGCCCCGUCAUCUCAUCUGUGUUUUCUCUGAGCUCGGGCUCAGAGGACGUGCCUGAGAGCAUUCGGUGGAACAGCUCCACGUCCAAGAUGAAGUCUGUGGAGCUGCUGCGCCAGAAGAUCGCCAAGUUGAUUGAGUCAUGUGGCCGCCCUUCGUCCCUGGCCACCAGCAGCCUAAAGGGCCACCAGGCUGAGCCCGUGUCUCAUGUCGUUUCCCAGGCCGUCCCCAAAGAGCCCAAGGAAAUCGACAUGCCCCCGGCUGGCCCCAGCUAUGCCCUGGCCGCUCCCACAGACCCUCCAGAAGAGCGUGUUUCCAAGGAACAAUCUCCCCUUCCACUGCAGACAUACUCUCAGUUUGCUGCAAGCAGCAAUAGCAGCAGCAGCAGCAGCAGCAGUGGAAAAGCUGAAAGUAAAGGGAACAGAAAGGCUCAUGCCAACUCGCCAGUGUUGAUCCCCAAGGGAGCAGUAUCGAGGGUCUUGAAUUCUACUGAAGAUGCCCACCUGAUGCCCACCGAGGCCACGUGUGAUGCCCCUGCCACCAACCCCCUCAGUGACCUCAGCGUGCCCGCCCAGUCACCCUGCCAGGUGGACAAAGAUUUGCAGUGUCCCACCAGUGAAGGUAAGUCAGGAGGAGGCCCACCCCCGACGCCUGACACAUCUUUCCGGCCCAAACACAGGAAAGAGAGCGUCGUCUGUGGGGUGCCCCCAAAAAGGAAUGGACCCCAAGCCCUUGGGGAAUUCCCACGGCACCGAAAGCUGCUGUCCAGGAGUCUGCCCUUGAGCAAGAGCAAGAGCCGGCAGGGAAGCGCAUGCAAGAGGAAGGGCCGUGGGCAGGCCGAGCCAGGCCGCUGUCUCAAGGAUGCCUCCAUCUUCCAGGUGACCCGCCAGCUGCGGCUCCUGGCCGCCAAGCCCGACCAACUCAUCAAGUGCCCACGACGCAACCAGCCGGUCAUCGUGCUCAACCACCCCGAUGUGGACUCCCCCGAGGUCACCAAUGUCAUGAAGGUCAUCAACAAGUACAAGGGCAACGUGCUCAAGGUGGUCCUGUCAGAACGGACACGGUGCCAGCUGGGCAUCCGCCGCCAGCACGUGCGGCUGACGUACCAGAAUGCCGAGGAGGCCUACCAGCUCAAGAGGCAGAUGAUGCUGAAGAUGAAGCUCAAAAAGGUGCACAAGAACAACUACCAGGUGGUGGGCAGCCUGCCAGAUGACGCCUCCCAGUGUCUCUUCAAGUGCUGGUUCUGCGGGCGGCUGUAUGAGGACCAGGAGGAGUGGAUGAGCCAUGGCCAGCGGCAUCUCAUCGAGGCCACCAGAGACUGGGAUGUCCUGUCCUCCAAGGGCAAAUAGCUACGCCAGCGGGACACAUGGAUCGUCGCCCUUCCUUGUUCCUUUACUCUCAAGUGGAUUUGUUAUUGUUGGUUGUCUUAGUUUGUUGUUUGUUUUUCCCCCCUCUUCAGCCCCCUUCCUUGCUCAUUAGGAGAAGUUGAUUGUAGGGAUUCAUCAUUUCCUUUCAUAAUUCUUCCCCUGGAGGAGAAGUGAGAGGCAAGAGUCUUAGAUCAAGGCAGGAAGCUGACCCUUCCCUAGAAGGUAGAGAAAAGCCCUUGAAUUAGGCCACACAUAUCCAUGUCUGCGUUUUUUCCCUCAGAGAUGAUAAAUAGAUUUGUUAACUCGGUUCCAAUUGGCCAAAUACUUCCUUGAGUAGAAUCGGCAUGGAUUUUGGAGGAUUUGAGUUCGGGCCGCACCUCGCCUUCGUUGUUUUUUGCUUUACCUUGUUGGGUGCAUAACAGAAUGAUCUUUUCUGUGUCUUUCGUCUUGUAUUUGCCUCCAAAGCAGUGACCUUUCCUUUGUGCAGUCCCUUGCCCACUGCCUUGCUGGUCAUGCUCUCUCUCACAAACAGCCAGGCU